CAGGUUUACCAGGCAGCCUUCAAUUCCACAAUCCAUUUGUUAGUCUACGGUGUGAGCUGUCCAUUUGGCAGAGCGAUAGUUUACAGACAGGGCAAGCAUGCAGCCAAUUGACGAGUCGAAUGCUCCUCACCGAGACGACGACGCCUCGUUGCCGACGUUCGAUGCAGAGCAACCUCCGCCGCAGGUCGGAUUCAAACUUGGCCCGAACGGAUUUUUGGCCUCAACCGUGGCCUUUGGGACCGGUAUAGGCCUGGGGUUCUCGCACGGGAGCACCAAAGCCGCAUUUCGAUUUCGUGCCGAAAAUGCCCACCGGUUUCCCACCAGCCCGGCUGGCUGGUAUCAGUACCACAAAAGCAAGAACUACGUUUCAAUGGUUGGAGGAUUGAAAGAUGGAAUAAAGCUUGGUACGAAGCUGAGUGUGGGGGUCAUGGGAUUUUCCUUCCUGGAGGAAAUUAUCAAUCAAGCCCGUCACGGCAAUAGGGAUUUCCUUUCCACAGUGACUGCGGGUUUGACAUUUUCGGGAAUUUACAGCUUGUUUGCCCGCCACGAUGUCUACACCGCUGCAAGGACAGCAAAGUUGGGCUUGAAGCUGAGUCUCGCGUAUGGCUUGGCCCAAGACGCCCUUGCAGUAGCAAAAGGACAUAAGCCGAGGUAUCUUGCUUGGGUCACCGAUAGGUUUCGUGGACGUGACUAAGAAAGCAGUACGACACUUGACUCUUUUGGUUGAAACGGACGGUUGUUCUGGGACCUGCGAUUCCGGUGACUCUGUCACGCUGGUAUUUUUUGAAAAUCGCACGGCCUAUAAAAAGGGUCUUGAGGAAUAUCUAUUCUUCUUGACGCCCAAACACUCUUUCUGCUUCAACACGCAGCC